AUGGAAGAAAAAUUAUGGAAAAGUAUAUCCCAUAAUUAUAUAUCAUUACUUGAGGAUAAAGAUACUUGUGAUGUAACUAUUACUGUUGGGAAAUCAAUUCAUCACAUUCUUGGUAUUUUAACGGCAGCAGAUGAACUUAUCUUACCAACACUUACAGAACAUGUUGAAAAUUAUUUGAUAAAAAAUAAAACAACAUUAAUACAAAAUCAUCCAGUAGAAGUUUUAAAAGUAUCAUUUCAAAAUGAAGGAUGGAAAACACUUCAAGAUAAUUGUAUUUCAGUAAUUUGUAAUAUAUUAUGGAAUUUCAUUUUACCCGAAAGACCUAAAAAAAAUCCUGUUCUUCCAAAACGACAUCGCCAUCAUCCAUACAAUAAAGCUUCACCAUCAAAAAUUAUGGCAUAUCGAGCUUCUUAUUCGAAAUAUGCAAACAAACCAAAUGCUUUCAGAAAAGUUAUUAUUGGACCAUGA